GGCUAUCAUUUUGUUUAUUCUUCAUCUACUGUAUGUUAACCAACCACUACCUCUAUGUCCUGUCCCCGUUAUGUAUGGUAUUGCAUCUAGGGGUGAACAGGCUCGGGAUGAGCAGGCUUGGGAUGAGCAGGCUUGGGGUGAGCAAGCUUGCCAUGAGUAGGCUCGGGAUGAGCAAGCUUGGGAUGAGCAGGCUUGGGAUAAGCAGGCUCGGGGUGAGCAGGCUCGGGAUGAGCAGGCUUGGGAUGAGCGGGCUUGCCACGGGCGGGUUUGACAAGGACGGGCUUGCCAUGAGCGGGCUUUCCAGGGUAUCCAGGCUUGCCAAGUUGAGGGUAGAUGUGAUUUCCAGGAAUGGGAUGGGCGGGAGCAGGAACAGCGCGUUUCUCAAAUGCGGAAGCAGUAACCUGAACCGUGGGGGCGGCAAGAGUCGACUGGAGCAGGGUCAUGCUCACCAGGAGCGAAAAGAUCAUGGAAGAGGAGAUGAACUUCAUGGUUGUAGUGGUGGUGAUGGUGGUAAAAAUGGAUGUUGUAGACGCUGUAUGGAGGAAUGGGGCUGGGUGAGUAGAUCAAGUGAGG